AUGACCUGUUACGUCUACUACUGGAGCUUCGGUAGUUGGAGGUACCAGAGCUGGCGCGUGGCCGCCCUGGCCCUGCUGCCGGCGCUGGGGGCCUGCGCGGGCUUCACCUGGGCGACUGUGCUCAUGUUCAGGCGCCAGGUGCCCUGCCGGAAGUUCCUGGCGCAGAGCGUUUGCCUCUGGCUGGGCUUGCUGCUGGGGCUCUGGGCUGCAGACCAGAACUAUGGGCACAACAUGAUUAGCUUCUACACUUACCAGGACUUGGUGUCCUACACGGACCUGGACCCCGCCAGGGCCAAGGGCCAGAGCUACAUGGACUCCGGGGAGGUCUACUUCAAGGAGGGCACCGAGGUGGCCACCGCCGAGAUGGUCUCCUUCCGCAGCCGCCGCACCUUCUGCGCCGCGCCCAUUGUAGGCCAGCCGCUGCGGAAUCAGAAGGGCUUGCAGGAGGUGGCCAUGGAGGGUGAGUUCGUGAUGCCGGAGAGCGGCACCGUGGACUUCUGGGCCGUGGGCACCGACUGCUGCGACAAGGCCACCAGGCAGUUCACUUGCGGCGAGGCGGGGGACCGUUUGGCCGCGGGGCUGAGACCGAUCCGUUGCCCCCCCGAAGAAGAAGAUCUGCUGCUGGGCGCCGGCGCGGUGGCCCUCGCCGGUGGCGCCCGGGCAGCAGGAGCGCGCUUGGCGCUGCGCCGCUGGAGGGCGUCUGCGGCCUCCGUGAGCGCGCUGGGAUCUUGGGGAUAUGCUGAACAAAUGUACCGGAAGCUGCAAGAUGCGGAGAGCGUCCUGCCCAGCAGCUGGCUCCUGUCGAAUCUGACCUAUGUGAACUUCUUCAUGCGGCCCAGGGGGCCAGACCUUACGACACGAGUCAACCUUCACAACUUCACAUUUGUCCACAACUUGCUCCACAUGACCGGCGAGCGCGUGCCACAGCCCUUCACCACCGCCGAUGGCCAGGUGUUGGUCUACAACGGGGAGAUCUACAACUUCCGCUCGCUUUUGCCCAGCGCCAAGAGCGACGGGGAGGCCCUGCUGCCGCUGUACCUUGAGCGGGGCGCUUUGUUCCCGCGCUUCCUGGACGGGGAGUUCGCGCUGGCGCUGCUGGACUUCCCCAGGAGCCGGCUGGUGCUGUCCACGGACAUCUUCUCCACCAAGCCGCUGUGGUUCUCCAGCUUCCAGGGCUUCCAUGUGGCGAGCUACCGCAGCGCGCUGCUGCGGAUCGGCCUGCCACAAGGGAAGGUGCACAUGGUGGACCCCAACACCAUCAUGAUCAUCCACCUGGAUGACGGGAGAGUCGAGCGGCACGCCUUGCAUGAGUUCGACCUGAGGCAAUUCAAGCAGGACACCACAGACUUCCAGGCGGCGUUUGCCCGGGCGGUGCGCCAGCGCGUGCAGUAUGCCAUCCAUCCCAUGUUCAUCGGCCUCUCCUCGGGCUACGACUCCGGCGCCAUCCACGUGGCCCUGGUGCAAGAUGGGACCAGUCACUUUGCCUACACGGUGCAUUCCACGGAGGACAUGGAAGUGCUGCAGCAGCGCAUCCAUUGGGCCGGUAACUGGACCGAGACCAACGUCAUCGUGCUCAGCGGCGCGGACCUGGAGCGCGAGGCAAGACGCCUCGCGGAGCAAUGCGAGCCGUUCCACUACAGGGCCACUCGCGGGCAAGAGUUCCUGGUCUCGGAAGAUCCCGCGUCCUCGGGCCUCUCCUACAUCAUGAAGGAGGUCCGGCAGCGGGGGAUCCUGGUGUACCUCUCCGGCACCGGCGCCGACGAGAUCAUCUCGGACUACGGCCACGGAGGCAAGAAGAUCUUCCCACACUCCAACUUCGGAGGCCUCUUCCCGGAGACCUUGACGGAGCUCUUCCCCUGGGAGGCCUUCUUCCUGGGCACCCAGCGGGACUAUCUCAUGAAGGAGGAGCUGGUAGCUGGAGUGCACGGUGUGGAGGCCAGGUAUCCCUUCCUCGACCGCCGGGUGGUGCAGGAGUUCCUGUGGCUGGCCCCAGCGGCCAAGAACGCCAAGUACAAGGCUCCAGUGCACGACUGGCUGGAGCGCUUCAAGUACCCCUUCCGCUCUGGCGAGAAGGUGGGCUUUAACGCGAUGCACAACGUGCAGUGGCAAGAGGACAAGAGCGUGGUCUACACUUCCUUUGCAAAGCCCGACCCCAAGGCUCCGGCGGAAGACCCAGCCGGCAUCCAGGUGGGUGGCUUGGGUCUACGCCCCAGACAGGAGAAAGAGGCAGAGCGAGCCCUGGCGCAGCGUGAGGCCGAGGUGCGGACCGCCGAGCAGCAGCUGGCGCACACCGCGCAGCAGCUGCAGGAGAGCUGGCGCCAGCUGCAGCAGCAGGCGCAGGGGCUGAGGGCGCAGGCGGAGGCGCAGGCGGAGGCGCAGCUGCGCUUCGCGGCGCUGCGGCUGCUGCCCAUGCAGCCGCUGGCCGCCAGGGUGGAGCGGCCGCUGAAGACCCCCUUGGCGGCCCGCGAGUCUGGGGAGGGCGAUCCUUUGGUCGACUUCGACACUGGGCAUCCCAAGUGGUCCGGCGUGGAGGUUCUCACAUGUGUGAGCGGGGGCCGCUAUGUGAACGUCAUGGACUUCCCCGUCUUCCACAUCUUCCGGGCGUCCACGCCACUGCCGGUGCACAAUGUCUGCGAGAACCACGAGUGGGACGGCAUGUACAUGCGCCUGAGAUUUUACCAGGCCUUCCUGGAGCGAUUCGCUGCGGAUUCCGCAAAGGCGGAGCGGCUCUUCGUGGUCAGCGACGGCAUGGACGUGAUCUUCAACGACCUCCGCCAGCUGAUCGGCGAGGCCGCGACCCCGGAGGCGGUCUCCCGGGUGAUCAUUCAGCGCUAUGAGGCGAUCACGGAGGGCAGCCUGGAGGUCGUCUUCUCCUCGGAGCGGCUCUGUGGCUGGGGCGGUGGCCACAUCUGCUCGGAGGAGGAUGAUGCGAGAUAUCCGCAGGGUCCCACAGACUCCAAGUAUCUCAAUGCGGGAGGCUACAUUGGCCCCGCACGCGCCUUGGUCCGCAUCCUGCGGUGGGUCCUCAACGCCGCGGCGCGACGGGAUGGGGAGCUGCGGCAAAAGACCACGGCCCAGGAUGCCACCGGUGGCGAGACAGACCAGUACUUCUUCAAGAUGUACUUCUGGGAGCACCCCGAGUUGGUCACGCUGGACUAUCACCAGUCCAUCUUUGGCAAUUUUGUAGAGGUGGAGGCGGUGGCCUGUCACGACGGCUGGCGGCCGCGAUGUAGCAUGCAGCCAUGUUGUACAGUCAGUGACAGCUUCCGGCGCCUUCACGAGGUUUUCUACGGCAACUACCGGAUUGCUGGUUGCGCCUUGUGGCGGAAGGACAAGCUUCCGAUCACUUGGCACGGAAAUGGCGCAGGCAAGUGGCUGUGGCUGCUGUCUUUGGAAGAGCUGUCGCGGAGUUGCCCCUUCUUGGCGAAUCUCACAGUGCAAAGGUAUCCAGUCCAGCCGAUCCUUGACCUCUUCGACCGUUUCGAUGAAGCCCGCAUACAGACUCAGAAGAUGCUGCGGCUGACGACUUUCGCCAGCGCCCUGUUCCCUUCGAAGUCGAGCACUGCCGACGCCUUCGCCAGCGCAGGCUUAGAUGUCACGGAGCCGGCGCCGGCGCCGGCGUCCAUCACCGUGGGCAGCUACGAGUUCGCAGACUCAAAGGCGCUGGCGGGCCAGAGCCUCAAGGCCCACGGGGUCUGCCACCUCCGGUACUACGGCCUUGAGGUCUGCUCCGCGGUGCUGUACCUGCCGGAGGGCGGCGCGGCGCCCCGCUCAGGCGCCGAUGUCACAGACCCUGCGCUGCCCAAGAUGCUGGAGCUGCGGUACUGCCGGAACUUCCCGAAGGACCAGUUCCGCUUCGUCACGCGCUGGGCCAUCUCCCGCAACGGCCACAUGGACCGGGAAGUUGAGGCCGGCGUCGAGUCCUUCAACCCUUUGUACAAAGACGUGGCAGCUGGGGACUGCUACACGCUGGGCUACGACCCUCAGGGAGAUGGCCUCGUGACGCUGCGGCUGAACGGUGCCCACCUGGGCUCCGUGCCGGGCAAGCGCUUCGCCGAGGCCAUCUUUGCCGUGUGGUUUGGGCCUCGUCCUUUUUUGGAGCACCUGAAGCAGGAGCUCCUGCGGGCCAGGGAGUAG